GAUGAGAGCAUCUCAUUUUGUCAUUGUUUUUUUCUGAACCAGGCAUUUGAACCUAUCGCUAAAGUAGCUGGUGAAAUAGUCAAGAAAAAUGGAUUAAGUGACAAGAUUUCAGUCAUUGGAAAGCGUUCAACUGAAUUAACUGUAGGAAAAGAUGGAGAUGCACAAGGUAGAGCUAAUUUACUGGUAACAGAACUAUGGGACACAGAGCUAAUUGGUGAAGGAGCUCUACCAACUCUACGAGAUGCUUGCAGUCGACUUCUUGAGGUUAGGGUUNGUGAAAUAGUCAAGAAAAAUGGAUUAAGUGACAAGAUUUCAGUCAUUGGAAAGCGUUCAACUGAAUUAACAGUAGGAAAAGAUGGAGAUGCACAAGGUAGAGCUAAUUUAUUGGUAACAGAACUAUGGGACACAGAGCUAAUUGGUGAAGGAGCUCUACCAACUCUACGAGAUGCUUGCAGUCGACUUCUUGAGCCAGGGUUUGUGAGUGUUCCAGCUGCAGCUACAAUUUAUGCACAAGUUUUGGGAAGUGAGGCCCUCUGGAAUAUGCAUCAGUUAAAUCCACAACAGAUAUCAGAAAACCAAGAUAUAACAUUACCACCUAAUAUGGAGGAGUGCUGUGGGACGGCCAGUGCCUUUGACCUGCAUGUCGAUGAACUUUCUGAUGAAGAAGUUCACAUUUUGACUCCACCUGUCCCAGUUUUAAGGUUUGACUUCUGUGGUAGUUGUACCUCUACAAAUUCGGACUGCACAAACAGGGUCUCUAUUCCAGAGACUAAAAACAAAAUCCACAGUGAUAAAACAGUGUCCCAAUAUUGUGCCCAAACAUCUGUAAAACAGACCGGCAUUGCUCAUGGAGUGGUCAUGUGGUGGACAUUGGAUAUGGACAUUGAUGGUGAAGUUACCCUGACAACUGCACCACGUUGGUCCCACCCUGAUAGUAAUGACAGACCGCUGGCUGGAGAAGGUUAUUCAAGAUGUCUUUGCAUAAGUGAUGGCUCACUGCUUCCUGUGAUGGCAGCCAAGUUUGGAUUUGAAAAGCAUAGCAACAUACUGAGCGGACCAAGACAUUCAACAGACUUUGUGGGAAGUGAGGCCCUCUGGAAUAUGCAUCAGUUAAAUCCACAACAGACAUCAGAAAACCAAGAUAUAACAUUACCAGCUAAUAUGGAGGAGUGCUGUGGGACGGCAAGUGCCUUUGACCUGCAUGUCGAUGAACUUUCUGAUGAAGAAGUUCACAUUUUGACUGCACCUGUCCCAGUUUUAAGGUUUGACUUUUGUGGUGGUUGUACCUCUACAAAUUCAGACUGCACAAACAGGGUCUCUAUUCCAGAGACUAAAAACAAAAUCCAGAGCGAUAAAACAGUGUCCCAAUAUUGUGCUCAAACAUCUGUAAAAGAGACUGGCAUUGCUCAUGGAGUGGUCAUGUGGUGGACAUUAGAUAUGGACGUUGAUGGUGAAAUCACCCUGACAACUGCACCACAUUGGUCCCACCCUGAUAGUAAUGACAAACCGUGGAGAGAUCAUUGGAUGCAGGCAGUAUAUUUCCUAAAGAGACCAUUAGUUAUGCAGGAAGGUGAACCAUUUUUCACAAGUGGCCUGUUUCCGUGGCACAACUUAUACUUCUGGUAUGCAGCAGUGAGCGCCGCUAAAAUAAACAGACGAGGAGUGAAGAUAGUGCCUCAGGGUGCCACAUUGAAGGCAAUGGCAGUGGAGUUUGACGAUCUGUGGAAGUUCCAUGCUCCAGUAAACAUAGUGGAAGGAUUUGAUAUUUCUUUGUUUGACAAACUGAUCGAGAUUUUUGCACUUAUUGCACGAGCUUUGAGUGGAAUCCGUCUUAAUAUUUUUGAUAUCGUUGUAUUGUUUUUACAGGUUGAUGUUAUUUUAGGUGAACCAUUUUUCACAAGUGGCCUGUUUCCGUGGCACAACUUAUACUUCUGGUAUGCAGCAGUGAGCGCCGCUAAAAUAAACAGACGAGGAGUGAAGAUAGUGCCUCAGGGUGCCACAUUGAAGGCAAUGGCAGUGGAGUUUGACGAUCUGUGGAAGUUCCAUGCUCCAGUAAACAUAGUGGAAGGAUUUGAUAUUUCUUUGUUUGACAAACUGAUCGAGGGAUCAAAACUGACAAAUGAAGAAAUCAAUAAUGAAACAAGCCACGGCAUAGCUUUGGAGCCACAUCAUUUGUGGGAAUACCCCUGUCGUGCUCUUACGGAGGAAUUCACGAUCAUGAAAUUUGAUUUUACUUCGCAUAUACCAAGCCAGAAAAUGACUAGUGAAGGAAAUGUCAAUCUGAAAAGACCAGGUACUUUUCAUGGAGUUGCCAUAUGGAUGGAUUUCCAUUUAACCGAAAAACUAACCGUUACUACAGGACUGCAGCAGAAUCAAGAGCUCGCAGAAGGGACAUCAAAAUUGAACUGGGUUCGUCACACAAAGCAAGGUGUUUAUUUCAUGCAGUUACCGACUCAGAUUCAAGAUGAAACCCUUGUAAAGGACAAUGUUCCUGUUAUUAGAUACGCUGUCAGUUUUGAACCAAAUUCUGGAGAGAUCGACUUCAACUUUCAACUACACACAAGUUAACACCAUUGGUUAUCAUCAUGUGCG